GCUACACACCUCAAUACCUGAACGAUACUGAUUGCGUCAUUACGUAUGCGUCAUCGUUAAAUGACCACACCUUUAUCUGAAGCUCUGUUUUACACUGUUCCCACAGUGACAAGAGGAAACCAAAUGGGGAUCUUGUACUCAGAGCCCAUGUGUCAGGCAGCUUAUGAUGAUGACGUCCACAAGUUGAAAGAACUGAUCUCAGCCGAUGCCAGAAAUGUAAAUGUUCAAGAUGAAGGAACGGGAGACACACCGAUUAUAGCCGCCUGUAGACAGGGAAACCUCAGGAGUGUCAAAUACCUUCUAGAUUACAAUGCAAAUGUGUCCAUUAGGAAUAAGAAAGAAAGAACUUGUUUGCACUAUGCUACGAGAAGAACAUUCUCCUUCCUGGACUACCUGAUGAUUGCCAUCUUAAUGCCUAUCUUGUUAAUUGGUUAUCUUAUAAUGGAAGAGAAGCAAAGAAAAAAUGUGAAAUUGAUGGAGUUUCUUUUGGCCACUAAGGUGGAUGUAAAUGCUGUAGACUAUAAGGGGAACACUGGACUUCACUAUGCAUGCCAAAGAAAAAGUCAAAGGAUUGUUCCAUUGUUAUUGCAGAAAAAUGCAGAUGUUUCUAUACAGAACAAAAAUCACGAAACUCCUCUUGAUAUUGCAAAGAGACUAAAAUUCCACAAAAUUGUUACAAUGUUAACAAAAUCAAAUUGAGUAUUAAUGGAGGACAUUAGAGAACAGAGACUUGUUUCAUGUGCAGCAGCAGUGUGGUCCUUUACAAUUCACCAGCUGAGUUUAGAUUGGGUUUGCACCAAUUACCACAAUUUUUAUACUUUUUGCAUCACAAUUGUUACACUUUGUUAUAAAAAUACAUUUCUCAGAAAGAUGUUGCCAUACUAAUUUCUAUUUAAACAUAUUGGAUUUCCUGUUUUGUAAAUUAAUGAGUAAAAGUUUCUUAUAUAUUGUAUAUUGAUAAUUGAAUGUACUGUAUAUUCAGGUUGUUUUAAUGUGUUAAAGUUUGUUUUUAUCACUGUAAGUUAUAAUAUGGAUUUGGUUUGUGCCUUGUUUGUUGGUUUAAAAAAUAAAACUUCUUACUAAAGGAA